UCACAACCUACUGUACUAGGACUCCCUAAUCCGUUCAAUCUGACAGGAAUAACGACAACCUGGGAGGUACCGGGGCUAGUAUCACUGUGAGUGCUAUUGUGUUAUGUGCUCCAUUCUUCAUUGGAAGCAGUUGUCAGUUUUUCAAUUACUGUGAGUUCAAUGCUGUCACAUGCAGUGACAGAGAAACGUGUGUGAAUGAAAUGGACAGUUUCACUUGCAACUGUGACCCUCCCUACUUUGGUGCAAACUGUGAGUAUCAAAACUUUUGUUUCAACAGAAACUGCAACGAAAGAGGAAUGUGUACUUAUAAUGGCUUUGAUUCCUACUCCUGUGUCUGCAAUGUUGGCUAUACUGGUGCUGAUUGUGAGGUGGAUAUUGAUAUAUGAUGAGUGCUUGCUAAUGGAGACAGUGUGCAGUGACCAUGGUAACUGUUUUCAUGGAAUAGCCACCUUCACCUGCUCAUGUGAUCCUGGCUACACUGGACAGAGAUGUGAGACCAACAUUGAUGAUUGUGUGAACGUAAACUGCAGUGGACACGGCAACUGUACUGACAGAGUUAAUGGCUUUGAUUGUGAUUGUUUCCCUGGUUUCACAGAUGCUAUUUGUCAGACUGACAUUGAUGAAUGCGAUGGAAUAAACUGUAGUGGCAAUAGUCGUUGUGUUGACAUGGUGAACAUGUUCCUAUGUGACUGUGAACCUGGCUACACUGGUGCUGAUUGUGAGACCAACAUUGAUGAUUGUGUGAAUAGGAACUGCAGUGGAAAUGGUGUGUGUGUGGAUGGUGUCAACUCGUUCAGUUGUAACUGUAUGUCUGGCUUCACUGGAGAGAUGUGCAACACCACUUCAGAGUUGAAUGGUGGUCCAGGGGAUCUGGUAGGAGGAGUGGUGGGAGGUCUUCUAGUGCUGAUGCUGAUACUCAUGAGCUCAUGAUCAGGGGAAGACCAUUCAAGACAAUCAGUUGCAAGGAGACACCAAUUCCUACAUACCUGGAGACAACCCAGUGUAUGGGAUUCCUGAGAACAGAACAAACUCCAUCACUUCAGAAAUAGCAGAGUUUGACAACCCGAUAUAUGGCAGCCUGGAAUCACUCAACGAUGUAGAACUGGUCAAUCCAACUUAUGGAUAUGCAGAUUUCGAAGACGUACCUUAUGAAUUGGCCCCUGCAGUAUCAGACUAUGAGACACCUGUAGUAU